GGCGGGUGACCGGAGUGGAGACUUGAUUUCAGCACCACGCUCCGGCUGGACAGCUCCUGAACCAUCACAUGUCUUAUCAGGGACGGAAGAGCAGCAGCAGCAGCGCGGGUGUGGACGUCCACACAACAGAACCACGACGCCGUCACAGCAUCCCAAGACGCGAAUCACGGUGGUUCGAUCCCGCUGCGAGACCAUAGGAGACAGCCAGCCGCGCUGCCUCAGCAACAGGGCAAGAGCAUGUCGGAAACCAAAUCCAGCCAGCGGUUCCACAGCUUGAAGCCGGAGCAAGUGGCAGUCCUCCAUCAAGUUCUGUCAGACAUCGUCCCCAUCCACGGCCGUGGUAAUUUCCCAACGCUGGAGCUCCGCCCUCGUGACAUCAUCAUCGCCGUGAGGGCCAGCUUGCAGAAACAAGGAAUCACUGUAAGAGAUGUGCGUCUAAAUGGCUCUACAGCAAGCCACGUUCUGGUCCAAGACAACAGAAUGAGCUACAAAGACCUAGAUAUCAUCUUUGGGGUAGAGCUGCCCAGUCAAGAAGAGUUUCAGGUGAUCAAAGAGUCAGUGCUGGGUUGCUUGCUGGACUGCCUACCAUCGGGAGUCAACAGAAAGAGGAUCAGCAGCGCCACAAUGAAAGAGGCCUACGUCCAGAAGAUGGUGAAGGUCUUCAGUGAGCACGACCGCUGGAGCCUCAUCUCGCUAUCAAACAACAGCGGCAAAAACCUGGAGCUCAAAUUCGUAAGCGUGCUGAGGAGGCAGUUUGAGUUCAGCGUUGAUUCCUUCCAAAUCAUUCUGGAUCGUCUUCUUGAGUCCUACAUGCAGCAGGAGUCACAGCAUAAACUUAAUGAUGUUACUCUGAAGGACCAACCGGAGGAAAUUAAAGACGCUGCGUUUCUGCUUAAACAGACCAGCGAUGCACAAACAGAAAAAUCCACCAGUCAAGAUGUAUCCGAUAUAGAAAAAGCAACCCACUUUGGCAACGCAGACCAGAGAGAUGAGAUGCGUGCAAGGAAUGCCCAGAGUGAAAAUAGUUUGAAAGUGACAAAAUACACCAUGCCGCAAGGAGAUGACACAGACAAACCAACCACAGAGUUAAAACAGAACAGAGCAAACAUUAGUGAACUAAAGCCUGUGGCGAACACAUCUUUAAACAUGAUGUCAAGAGACAAACAAUCCACUGAGCGCACUGAAACUCAGACGCAAUUAAAAAUCGAUGACUUAACAGAAUGCCCGACAAACGUGGAACAAUCAGAAAUGGCCUAUUUGAACCACGCAACAACCAUUGUGGAAGAAGACAAACUCAUAGGGAAAAUUGAAGUGGAAAAAAGCCCACAGUCUGUCCAGACAGAGCCGAUAGAGGACUGUAAAAACAAAGAGCCGACUGAAAGAAUAAAGGUCCCUAAGCGUUUAAACGAGGAUGCCAACAAUGAAACACAAUGCGUGUAUACACCAGAUAUUGAUACAUCUUUACAAAGUAGAGCAAACACUGAUUUAGAGGAUGAAAUAGUAGUUGAGAUUGAGAUACAGUUGGAAGCGAAUAUUAAAAAUGAAACAGAAAAUAGUGACAUUUUAGAAGAGAGUUUAACAUCAGAGGGCUCUAAAGACGGCAUGCAGAGAGAUGACUGUUUCUGUUCCAUGUCUGCCGCAAAACUUUCUCACAACAAUACACAGGAUUCACACAGGACACUGCAGAUUGAAAGAUCACCUGGCAGCACCAUAGACACUCAGGACACACCCCCAACACCUGACGUUGUUUUUGACAAAAAGACCUGUAAGCCCUCUGAAAGACUCUCUCACAUGGUGGUGCUCAAACACGCGUCUCCUAAACCACCACGUAGGAUGUGUAGAAAGGUUGCCCCCACUCUUUGCACUGGCCUGGUUCCUGAGAGUGACCCCAUAACAGCUUCCUGUCUAGAUCCAAACACUUCCCCAGGCCCUCAACUUGAACUUACUGAAAAUCAAAAUAUUGAGUCUGCGCCUGUUAACUCUGACGCCACAGAAACCACCAUCUUGAUCAUACAAGCCAAUGAGUCUGAAAGUAGCGCAGCCAGUAACCCUUCAUCAAAUCUGGACUCCAACUUUACUCCUAAUCCCACCCAUGUACUACCUCAAGAGGUAUCAUCUUCUCAGGUGAUUUCAGAGGGUUCGUGUGUGACACAUAUUCAAAGCCAGGAUGAGAGCUCACAAAUGGACGAGCAUAUGCAGUCUUCCGAUUCUGCCCUGCCAUUGACACAGUUUGACUCUUCCAAUACCUUGGACUCAUUAGUUUCACACACAGACGGGUCCUGUUCCAAUGUCCAAGAGUCCAUACAUACCUCAGAAGCUGAAACUAAAGAGGAGGAGGAGAACAUACAAUUACUGGCCAACUUUGUAGGGUCAAAUGAGACCCCUCAAGAGACCUCAACACCUCCUUACAAUACCCUUGAUCCUUGUCCCCACCCUCCUGUACUCAGUUUGUCCCCACCCUGCUUCACUCCCUCCCCACCAAGCAUCAGCCCCCCGACAUGCUUAAACCCUCCCUCCUACUGCCUGUCUUCAAUGCUGCACACCGUCAGCCCAGCUACCAGUUUUAGCUCUCCGCCCUUGAGCUUCAGCCCUACCUCGUCCUGCCUGAGCUCACCACCUUACCUCACCCCUCCUAUACUCAGCCUCAACCCGUCCCCUCUUUGUCUAACUCCUCCUUCUCCAUCCCUCAGCCCUCCCCUUCUCUGCUUCACUCCUCCGAUGGAACCAGAGGAUCCUAUACUUCAGGUAUCAUCAGACGCACCUUUGAUAAACACAGACAGUGAUCAACAGAUUACAUUGCAAGGAUUCCCUGUUCUUCAACCAGAGGAUGAAAUGGAACAGAAUGUUGUUUCAUUGUCAUCACAACUUCCAGAGACCGUCUCUUUUCCAAUCUCCAGUGCAACCUCGCAUGCACUGACUCACUCUCAGUGUGACCAGAGAGAACCCACUCCUCUUAAUGCAGAUGAGGGAUCCAGCGCUGUGUCUAAGAACAAUGAGACUCAGAAAAAGACUGAAGAAACUGCAGCUCCUCAGGCGGAAAACUGCAUCCCUGCUGUCGAGGUUCUGGCAGAGAGCAUGUAUGGUGACUUUGAGGCCGCCAUGGACCACCUGCGCUAUCGCUUAAUCGCUACAAGGAAUCCUGAGGAGAUUCGAGGUGGCGGCUUGUUGAAAUACAGCAACCUACUGGUUAGGGACUAUCGACCAGCCAGUGAGACUCAAAUAAAGACACUGGAGCGCUACAUGUGCUCACGUUUUUUUAUUGAUUUUCCUGAUGUGCAGGAGCAGCAAAGGAAGAUCCUGUCCUACUUGAAGAAUCACUUCAUAGGUGAGGAGAGAAGCAAGUACCAAUACCUAAUGACUCUACGUCGUGUGGUCGACGACAGCACCGUGUGUCUGAUGGGCCAUGAGAGGAGACAGACUCUCAACAUGAUCACAGUGCUGGCAUUAAAAGUUCUGGGGGAGCAGAACAUUAUCCCCAACACAGACCAUGUGACAUGCUUCUAUCAACCUGCCCCAUAUCUUGCCGAGCACAGCGCCCCCUAUUUAACAGAACCCAGUUACUGCAGCUACUACAUACCCCAGGGGGCAUCAACUCUCCUUUAUCAACCAUACCCUUUACACUUGCACACACAGACCGGACUUGUUUAAGUCAUGCAAACAUACAUGUAAUUAUUUAAAAAAGACAAAAAACAAAAACAGCGAAAGGCAAUGAUGCUUGUAUUAAUGGUAAUUGUAGAGAAUUGUGGAGAAUGGUAAAAAUCUGACUUUUGGCCUAAAAUAGUCAUGUUGUUGGUGGUUAUAUGGGUAAACUCCAUCUUGAAAUUCUGACAAGAACGAAGAAGAGAAAAACAAAAGUUUGAUAUUGUGCCCGACAAUGCUGUGCGUACCUGUGGUGUCCCUGACACUAAAAAUGGAUUCUUUCAUGCACACUUAAAUGCACUUCCAAGUUCUUAGAAUCCUAUGUAUCCUCAUAUUCUUACUGUGGUGUUCUUACUGGGUUUGUUUGGAAUGUGGACCUUGCCUGUGGUUAAUAUUGUGCAUGGAUAACAUGGGACUAUUCUCUCACUGCCAAAUCCUGUGUGACUAUGUUCUUCAGACAAUUUAGUGUAAUUAAAAUUUACCUAAAGAAGUAUACAAGAUUGGGUUUACUAUUGUGUAAAGUGCUAUAUUCAUAGUACAUGCAUGCACAACUACAGACCCACACGUGAAUUGUAAUGUACGGGAAUUUAGACAAUGCAUGAGUAGUUAAAUAUACAUAUGUAACACUAAGCAAAGGCUUUUAAUUUAAUAGAAAAUUUAUAUAUUUUUGCAAGAAUUUCCCAAAAAAUACUCAGCGGUAAUCCUACUGGUUGUACACCACGCCAAAAACUAUGUCUUUCUGAUUGACUGUACAGCAUAUUGGUUGCUGUCUGUUGUGUGUGAAUACAAUCCAUGGUUUUCAGGUAAAUUGUUACGAAAUGUGCCAGAGUCCUUUCUGUUGUCACGUGAAGUGUACUGAACCAUUUCGUAGUUUAAUUUAUUGAAGGCAAAAGUUUACUCUGCGGCGGUGGUCGGACUGAAAACCAUCUUUGGGUCAUUUCCAAGCAUUGGCAGCAGUAAAAUAACUGCUGUGAUCUCUUCUCGCGAUCCAAUUUGUUUCAAUAUCAGAAGAGGCUCAACCUUUUUUAAUCUAAUUUAAGGUAACAACUGUGACCAAAGAUGGUAGUGCAGGGAAAUCAAGUGCCUAAAAAUGUGAGACGUCCUUGGAAUGCCUUUGUCUUACUAA